AAAUAUGGUCAUUGUGUGUUUACAUCCGUCUCCCAAAGCGUCCGCUGUGGACAAUGUUGCCAGAUUGGGCCAAAUUGGUUGGGAAAUCUGGCCCAAUCCGGCAACACUGGCCGAGGCACACGAGUAACGAACGGAAACGUCACUCUAUUAAGUUUUUUCCUCAACCGCCAUUUUGUGUGUCCCAGGCAGUUGAUCGGACGAAGUGGUACUCCUGAAAUGGAUAAUAAUCCCAUUGCGUUGUAGAUAUUUAUAUUUUAACCGAGCGUACAUUUAUUACCAUCUAUCAGGAUACACGUACCUGUUUUUUACAAAUAGGUCGGUUCUCUCUCUGUCGACUGCGAGAGAGCUGUCCGGUCGCCUUCAUCUUGUUUACCUUUCGGUCCUACGGUGGCUAAACUCUAGAGCUAACGCUAGCAUCGCUUCCUGCUAGCCAGUUAGCAAGGGUAGGCGAAAUGGCGGCCAAGGCGACGCAAGCAACUCCCGCGACUAACUGGUCGUAUGGAGCUUCCCCGGAUGGCCAGGCUCAUGAGAACCCAGAGUGGGAGAAGGCAAGACAGGCUCUUGCCUCCAUCACCAAGAGCCAGGGCUCCAACAAAGCGCCACCAGCCAACCGAACGCCAGCGGAGGCCGGUCAGUUUCAGCCAUCAGCGCCGGACUCAUCCGCCAUACAACAACAGCAGCAGUACUUUCCAUGGUACCAGCAAAAUCAGCAACAGCAGUAUCCAGCAGGAUACACAUAUCCCUAUAACUAUUACUACCCAAUGAGUCCAUAUGGCUCUACCUAUACACCAAACCAGUACGGUGCUCCUCCAGGUCCAGGUUACCCAGCACCCUCUGCUCCUAAUGGACAGCCUCCACCUGUGCCUGGACUUGAUGAUCAGUCAUCCAACUACCCCCCUCAGGCCCAGCCCCCAGCCCCUGCAAUACCACAGCCUCCCCCUAGUCCAACCAACUUGGAAAAACCACCUCUACCUCCAUCCAUACCGCCCCUUCCCAACUCCCAGUACCCUCCUGCCCCAGCACAAAGCGCCUACAACGGCCCCAACUCAAUGCCUUACCAAUCGGUUGACCCCAACCAUAUGCGUGCGUACAAUCACAACCAGGGAAGAUCCAACUAUGGCCAGGGCUUCCAUGCCCAGAACCCCUACCAAGCUACUCAGAAUAAUCCCCAGAAUCACCCCCAGAAUCAGCAUCAACAACAGCAGCAGCCGCAGCCACAUCAGCAACAUCAGCAGCAUCAACAACAACAACAACAACAGGGCCAGUAUGGACAAGGCCUUGGAAGAGGAGGAGAUGUCAACAAAAAUAAAAACAAUCAGAAACCGGUUGGACAACAACUCUGGCACCGCAUGAAGCAGUCUCCGGCAGCAGGUGCUGUGAAAUUCAAUAUUCCCAAGAGGCCUUAUGUCAUGACCGGUCCAAACCUCCCCCCGGUUGAGCAGCCGUCUGGGUUAAACCUUUCCCCCGGCUCCCCGGCUGGUGCCAACACUGCUUCUGGAGCAGCUCCAAUGAGGCCCCAGGACUGGCCUCAGGCUAUGAAGGAAUAUGUGCAGCGCUGUUUCACUGCCUGUGAGACUGAAGACGACAAGGAUCGCACUGAGAAGGUGCUCAAAGAAGUGCUGCAGGACCGGUUGAAGGAUGGGUCCGCGUAUACCAUUGACUGGAACCGUGAGGCCUUGCCUGAACUGAAAGCCAAGCAGUCUCGCUGGGAAGCCGUACCAUCACAGAGGACUUUGGACAGCGCUAUAAGCCGCGGUGGAAGCACUCCGACAGUUGCUCGGGGUCGAGGAGGUGGUGGUGGUGGUGGUGGUGGUGGUGGAGGAGGAGGACACAGGCUUGGGCACUACCGCAACGUUUUCUCCCAGCGGAGCCCAUCAUCGAGCUCGUCCCGCUCUUCGUCUCGCUCACCGUCACCGUCCCACAGCCGACACCGGGACCGCAGCCAGAGACACAGACGCAGUGAUUCCGGCUCCCAGUCUGACAGCAGCAUUUCCAGUGACCUCCGACCUCAGCUGUCUCGGCGGCAAAAAGGAGGCCGGGGUCGUGGCGGUGACAGAGAGCGUGGCCGUGGAGGCGGAGAGAGAGGACGUGGGAGAGGAAAGGCCAAUAGAGGAAGGAGAAACGCUGAUGACGGCAACGCUGGUGUCGGUGGAAAGAAGAGGAAAGGGGGCAACGCCGGCCUGGACUUUCAUGACCCUAUGAGGGAGGCCAAGAAGCAGAGCAGAGCACAACGCUUUCACAAGCAGUUGCGCUCAGAGCCCCUGGUUCUCUCCAUCAACUCCCUGGACCUGCCCAACGGCACCCAGGAGGGCCUCAGUUGGGAGGACUGUCCUAUUGUAGGAACCUGCCAGGACAUCACUAAGAUCUACUUGAGACUCACCUGUGCCCCAGACCCCGCCACUGUGCGCCCUGUGCAUGUACUGAGAAAAUCCAUCCAGGCGGUGAAGCUUCACUGGAAGACGCACCAUGAUUACACCUAUGCAUGUGAACAGAUGAAGUCCAUACGACAGGACCUCACGGUCCAAGGAGUCCGUACAGAGUUCACUGUGGAGGUGUACGAGUGUCACGCUCGCAUUGCUCUGGAAAAGGGCGACCAUGAGGAGUUCAACCAGUGCCAGACGCAGCUUAAAGCCCUCUACAAGGACAAUCCUUCGGAAAACCUUGGGGAGUUUACAGCCUACCGAUUGCUUUAUUACAUUUUCACCAAAAACUCUGGGGAUCUGACCACUGAGCUGGUUUACCUGACCCCGGCCCUGCGGGAGGAUAGCUGUGUAUCUCAUGCUCUCUCCCUCCGGGCUGCCUGGGCCCUGGGCAACUAUAACCGCUUCUUUAAGCUCUACCUGUGUGCCCCACGCAUGGCUUCUUACCUCAUUGAUAAGUUUCUUGACAGAGAGAGAAAGAUUGCAUUACGGGCCAUGCUCAAAACCUUUAGACCCGACCUGCCGGUCCAGAAUGUGCAAUCCGCUCUGGGGUUCACUUGUUUAGACACCUGUUUGGCUUAUCUUGCCGGGUUAGGGGUCACCUACUACCCUUCUGACCCCAGCAAAAUAGACUGCAAAGCCAGCUCAGCAGCUGUGGCAGCUUCUUGAGAGAGGGGAGGGGUUAAGCGAGGUUAGGGGAAGAGCUCUAAAAUGAGGUGCAUAGGGAUGGACAGGGAACCAUAUGGCCGUAUGCACUGCACUCUGAUCACCUCAGCUAGUGGAUGACACGUAGCGGCUGAAGCCAGGCAGAGCAGCUGCAUGGUCGUUGUGGAGGGGUCCUGCUCGCAGACUAAAACCUUACUACUGAGACAAGCUGAGCCACUGACACUUCAAACACAGGACAUACAUUUAACAGCCACCAACAUUUACAAAAACAUCCUAUUACUUAACAAUUCAAACUAGAUCCAAGUUCCAGACACCAGUUUAGUGAUCAAGCCCCACAAUGCCUAGCAGUCAGUGAAGCCCCCCCCCCCCCCCCCCAGGGCCUCACCCCAUUAGCACCCUCGGAUGUAAAGCUAACAGUGUUCUGUUGUGUGUUUCCUUCCUCAAGUCAACAGCUCCCAAGUCCUGAAGAUUCAAGUGGUGUCUUCUCAAAAAGCAAAAUGUCUUCUUCCAAGUCCCCCAUCAAGCUCUCAGCCCUUGGGGCAACGCCCGGGGGAUUGAAGACAACGUGUUGUGUUUUAAAGACUGUAAGCCGAAGUAUCGUGGAGAUCCCAGCAACGCUUAAGAAGAGGAGCUGGUUUGUAUGUCCUGUCCCCUCACCCCUGCCCUUCAAUUAUCCUGAAGUAUCUGCGAUUGGCUGUCAAUGCGAUUGGCUGUCAAUCCUAUCAACCAACCACACCCGCCUGAAUGAAAUGGACUAAUGAAAUGGAGUAGUUCUAGGUCCCGUUCCUGAUUUAAUAAGUAGAAGUCAACAUGGUCUUACCUGGCUAACCACAGUCCUGAAGCUCCCAUAGGAUUGGCCACCAUUAGUACAUCCAUGCCCCUGUGAAUGGCACGCUGCCAUGAUAUAUCCCCAGAUAGCCAAUGACUUUAAUAAUCUGUGUGGCCACUGCCAGCCGGGGCUACCUCCCCUUCCCGGUAACGAGGAAAUCCAACUCAUUGCCCCAGUAUGCCAUCGCCUGCAGGCGGAGGGAAUCCAUCUGCGCCACCAUGGUGAGGUGGAGCCGUGCAGUCAGCACUAGAGAAUCCGGAGUAAGCCUGUCACCUUUGCCAUGGACAGUACACAAAGUAAAUGGCAAUGUCACUGCCCAUCGUAUCAACAGUGGAUUGGCCGCAGAGGAGCCUCUACCUCCAAUUCAACGUCAGCCGUGGCAACGCUCCCAGGAUGGACGUGAUGGUUUGUAUGCUACACCUUGAUCCGGUUAAAGCAGGCAGUUGGCAUGAGUGGCUGGUAAGAGAUGGCAAGUGGCAGUUUUGGGAAGGGCAACAGGGAGGUUACAGUUGAAGACAGAUGACAGUUGGUUCCCUAGCCUAGGUUCUAGAUGUUUAGUUAAAUGUAUUCAACAAAUUAUUCUUUUUUAAACAUCUUCCAUAAGUGGUAAAGGUUUAGAGAAGAUGAUAUAUGCUGCUAUAUAAUUUGACCUACUUGAUAGGGUAAUAAAAAAAUGAAUCAAAGACAAAAAUCAACUUGCAAUAAAUGGGGUUCUGUGGAGAGAGUGGUAGCAAGUAGAGGGAAACAUCAUGAAAACAAAAACCUUCCAGCUAGGAGCCAUAAGUUCUUAACGCCAGGACAUGUCCAUUCCUUAAAUCACAAAGGGAUUUGUUCUGGCAUGAAUACUAAGUAUUUCUAUCCCGAAUAUAUUGCCUGUUCCUGUAUUUGUUGGCACUAAUCUCAUUAAAAAUAACGCAGAAGGCAUGCACAAUGUUUCCCCACAACACAGAUAAAAAAACAGUAUUACACUGCUCAUCUGAGAAAUCACUUUGAGUGUGCAUUUGAGCAAGUAAAUGGCUGGUGUAGGCAUCCAGUGGAGUAUAAACUUGCAGAUUUUCUUUUUGUGAAUAUGUAUAUUUCAGUUUUGCUUCAGUUGGUCUAGCUAUGUUCCCACUAUGGUGUGACCUUUUGUUUUGGCUCAAUUCUUUUUCAACAGUUUAUGUAAAUAUGUACAGCUGAAUUCAGGAUAUUGAUUCCCUUUUUAUAGGUGGCAUUGCUUUGUUAAUGACAUUGACAAGCAUUAUCGUCAAUGCAAUUAGGAUACAUUGGCGGCUCUCGUUGGACAUUGUUUUUCCUAUUAAAUCCAUAAAACAUAGUGACAUAUCUAUUAGUAAUGUUAGUAAUUCUACAACUACUAUUACAUCUAGUAGUAGUGGUUGACCAAGGGGGCAGUUUUCUAAACCAAAUCUUUGUCAGAUAAUGGUUUCGGUCUAUAUUAUGGCUUGUUUAUCUAUCAGUGUGUGUAUAGAAUUUGAGAUUUGGUUGAUUUUGAGUUUAUUUUUUUGUUGUGCGAGUUAUGACAAAUAUUUGGUUUGUUAAACAUCCUCGGGUUCCCAUAAUGGUUAAUAUUUUUGAAAUAUGAACUGUUUUGGUGAUUUUGUAGUGGGGAAAUUGCAAAGUUAAACAAUAUGUUGGAGGUUAAAAUUAGUUGAUUAGAAAUGGGUAUUUAAUCCCAAAUCAUUACAUUUACCAUCAAAAGGAAUGUUUGUUUUCCUACACAUUUGUUGAAUAUGGUUGUUAGAUUUUCCCCACCCUCCUGUUGCUAUUCACUGUUUUGUCUAACAUGCUGCAAGCCUUCUGACUUGUGUGUUUUUAGUACUGCAUUGCAGGAGCUAACGGAGUCAUGUGUGUGGGGGCAACACCGACCUCGGCCUCCUGAAGCAAGCAACCGGAGAGAGAGAGAAUUGUGAGCAAUCCAACUCUUGGUUUGAUCGACUCAAGUUCAAGCCAAACGGCCUGUUCAAAUAUACAUGGGAGGCCCACAUGCUGAAAUGUCUCUGAUGCACAACAUGGUUGCGUUUGUGAAUUUCAAAGAAACGUCCAUUAACCCGCAUCAGUUUACUUGCUCACAUUUCUUUUGUUUUUGAACAACAAUUACAACAUUCUUGUAGUGCUCUGUUUGUCCAGAUGCAUUUAUGAUUUGUGAAAAGACCGUAAAUGUCAAUAUUACAUUCAAUUUUUUUUUCAGUUAAGAUUGUAGUUCAUUUCAGUUUCGGUUUUGUAUUUAGAUAGAUAGGAAUUAGCUUAACUUUCACUUUAGAAUAGAGUAGAACCGCAAAAUCGAUCUGGACAUACAGAAAACAAUGUUUAUUGCUCAACUAGAAAACCUAAGAUGUAUGUUGGUUUACAGCAGUUUGUUUGCUCCUUUUCACUGGCUUGUUGUAAGCCUAAGACUCCAGGUUCAACACUGUAUGUCUCUUACACAGGUGUGUUAAACUGAUGCGCCAAAAUUCAUCAGUGACCCGCCUCUUAAUUCAAUUUGUGUGUCCUCCCGUUAUCAAUUCAUGUUUUUGGUUGGUUGUGAUUCCCUUGUUUUCCCCCUCCUUCGUACGUGCACAAUUCAUCUCUCUCCAUCAGCUUCUGACUAUUUAAAACCUUGUCUUUUGCACCUUGUCCACUCUCUACUCAAAUUUUACUUGCAUGUCCCCCCCCCCCCCCCUCAUCCUCUCCUUUCAUCAAUUUGCUAACCAAGUGUUCUCUCUCUCUAACCACACACUCCAGUUUUUUUGUGUUGAGUAUGUUAGUGCCAUUCUUUGAGUGCAACUUGCCACUCAGUAGUAAGUAUUGUAUUGUGUCUGCAAUCCGUUAACGCUGUGGCUAACUAAUAUCCAAGCUCAAGGAUUAUUGCAAUGUCCCCCUACCCCCUCCUUUACGUCAAUUUCAAUCCUCCACAGAUAUAUAUUAUACUGCCGUUUUGUAUAUGUGUACAUAUUCUUGAUUUUCGAGAAGUCUAAUAAAAUCAAUCAAAUAUGUAUGGCGUCAGUCGUGACUGUCUUUAAUGUGGGAACCUACGGGCUGAACUCUUGGGUGGCGACCAAAGGUCAAUGUGUGGCUUCCGGUGUAGCAAGCUGAUAUAUAUAGGCCAAAACUACUUGGUGCUCCCGCCAUUGUUAACACUCCGAAUAUCCACUAGACUCGAGUACUCUUUGGUCCGGGAGACAUUUUUAAUCUGCACGUACAACUAUUAAUGCAGAUGCAUAUUAGAAAGGCUAAAUCGUUGUUCAGGUCGUUCUUUUUGACUGUGUGCCAUGGUCCUGCUCACACGUGAUUAACGUUCAUUCAAUAUAUUUUCCACCCAUAUGCAGAUAUCGGUUCAAGGAGAAUAGUCACAAUCUUCAAAGUAGAAAAGAUGACUACUUCCAAUUGUUUUAUUGUAAAAUGACUAUUGAAUACUUACUGACAAGUCAGCAAUUAUACUUUUAAGUAAUUCAUUGACAUGUUUAUAGUAUCGAGGAAGGAAAGAAACAUUAAAAAGCAAAUGUCGGAGGUUAAAAAAAAGCAGACGGUCAGAAAACAACGAAGUGUGGAAAGGAAAGAAAACUGGCCAGAGCAUAAUAUAGACCUACACACCAUGCAAAUAGCCUGAAGAAAGACUAAGAAAACUUUCAGGUAUACUACAACUACAAUUCUAAGGGAUGAAAAUCAAUUAACUAACUAAUAAAUUGGACGUCUGAGCACUGAAAGUAGAAUGUGUUAAUGGUAAGCAUGUUAAGUAUUAGGAUUUUUCAGCCACAAAGAGUAAAGACUGCUUGUCUUCUGAGGAGCAGACACAGUAAAAAGUCGAGAAGAUUAGAUAGGCCUAAGUAAAGAAAAGAAAAUGAGCAAAAGAUGAAGGACAGAGGAAAUGAACACAAAGAUGGCUUUAUUUAAAGACCACAGACCAGUCACUAAUCACAAGAAGAAUGAGGUGGUUAAGCCUUAUAUCUGAAACGUUCUGGCACAUGUUCUAUUGAAUAAUGGUCUCAGUUAUUGUUAAAUUAGUUUUCAUCCAACAAGCACAUUCCCAAAAUAUUACACAAUAAGUUUGAAGAAAGCACAUCGGUCUAAGGAUUUCACUCAGGCAAAACAAUCUAAUUUGGUAGACAAAAUAUAUUCA